AUGACGAUUUCAACCUUAGCUAGCCUUACUGCUGAUCAGUUGUAGGUUUGUGUGUAUGUGUGUGUGUGGCGCGAUGCCUUCUGAAAGUCUACGAUGGGAAACUUUACAGGCCUUGAAAAACUCACCAAAAGGGAAAGUGACCUUCGACCCGUUCUGGUUGGAAAGGGGAGAGCAUAUUUUAGCAGGUUGCAAAGACACCCUCACCUUGUCCCCAAACACUGGUGUCGUAUUGGAGCGUCUCAGCUCGGUGCCGCUUCAGAAGUCGUCCUCCUUCCUGGGCUCCAGAUCCGGAGACUCCAGCCCAGUUCUCUCUGAAGUCUCCAUUUCCUCCACUGGAUCCAUCCCUGACAUCGGCGCCAGGCCUGCCACACUGUCCGUAUCCUCGUCUUUAAAGAAUGAGCGAGAGCAGGCUGUUAGUGAUGAGGCGAAGGAUGAAAGUCCGGAGGCAGAUGUCAGCGGAGUUUCCAGUCCUUCAUCUCUACCGGCCCUUUCCCUGCUGUCACCGAAAGCCAUGGAGACGGCCGGCCGCAUUAUCAAAGUUCAGGAGGAACAUCGAGAGGAGGCCAAGUUGGCGCUCAGGCUGCGGCAGGAGAUGCAGGAGAAGCUGGUGGCGGCGGUGGCGAGCGCCGAGUCAGAGCAGCUGAAACGUUUUGAGGAGCUCAUGGAGCUGAAGCAGAGGCAGGAGUACCAGAGCAUGAAGGACAUGAUGGAAAGAGAAACUAAGGAGAGCAUGGGGCGUCAAGAGAAGCUGAAGGAGGAGCAGCGGCACAGAACGAAGAUCAUGAACCUGCGGCUGAGGGAGGCGGAGCAGCAGCGUCUUCGGGAAGCAGAGCUUGAGAGGCAGAGGCAGGCAGAGGGCAGGGAGAGACUGCGUAACCUCAACAGCAUCCAGGAGGAGAUCCUGCAGCUCAACCAGCUGCUGGAACCCUCCACCCAGACCAAGACGGACCUCCCACCAGCCAGCCUCAUCUCCUACAGCACCCGAGGGAACCAGCUGUGCUCCCAGGUGUCGGAGGUGGUGCGAAAGACAGCAGAGGGCGAGUUCCCCAGCGUGGAGGACAUGACCGUGGCAGAGCGAGCCUUGCACAAGAUGAGAGCGCUUAUCCGGCUGAUGCAGGAGGAGGUGGCCAAGGCUCAAGAGAAAAAGAAGAAGGAGCAAGAGCAGGAGGAGGAGCGUAGGAAGCAGGCAGAGCUGCAGGCAAAGCAGGAGGGGGAGAAGAAGGCGGCGCAGUUGGCCAAAGAGAAGGCGCAGAGGAAAGGGUUGCAGAACAGUGCUGAAGACAGCACACUGAAGUGGUACAAGGAUCUGCAGGAGGCGGCUGCUCACUGCGCUCAGUCCUUCGAUCAGCUCAACUCAGCAAAGGACGCACAGACAAAGAAACUGAAGCUGGAGCUCCAGAAAGCCGCCACCAUCCCCGUCAGUCAGAUCGCCAGCAACUCUGGAUCGCAGCUGCGAGAAAUCUUCGACAAGAUUGACAAGCUGCUGUCGGGACGGGCCGCCGUGUCGGGGGGGAAGUCCGUCUCCACCUCUCAGCAUCCGCAAGGCCUCGAAUUCGUCAGCUACAAACUGGCUGAGAAGUUUGUGAAACAAGGAGAGGAGGAAGUGGCGUCUCACUACGAAGCAGCCUUCCCCAUCGCCGUGGUGGCCUCUGGAGUCUGGGAGCUGCACCCCCAGGUGGGAGACCUCAUCCUCGCCCACCUGCACAAGAAAUGCCCCUACGCCAUCCCUCAUUACCCGCCGAUGAAGGACGGCACGCCCGUCGAAGAAUACCAGAGGAUUCUUGGUUACCGCGUAGACGACUCCGGGGUCGAAGGUCAGGACAGUUUCUUAAAGAGGAUGUCCGGGAUGAUCCGUCUGUACGCCGCCAUCCUCCAGACCAAGUGGCCCUACAGCUCCAAACAGGGGCCCGUUCCUCACGGUCUGAACCACGGCUGGCGUUGGUUGGCUCAGAUGCUCAACAUGGAGCCUCUGGCGGACGUCACGGCCACGCUGCUGUUUGACUUUCUAGAGGUUUGUGGGAACGCUCUGAUGAUGCAGUAUCGGGGACAGUUCUGGAAGCUCAUCCUGCUGCUGAAAGAGGAGUACUUCCCCAGGAUCGAGGCGGUGACCAGCAGUGGACAGAUGGGCUCGGUCAUCAGACUCAGACAGUUCCUAGAGACGUCGCUGCAGAGCCGACAGAUCAGUCCGCCCAAAGGCCAGCUGAGCUCCAUGUUCUGGAGGUCUUGAUGGAUGAGGAGGAGGAGGAGGAGCCACGUUGGAUGAUGCUGCUGCAUGACGCCGCUUUAGGACUGAAUAAGACAGAAAUGAGCUCAGAGCUUUGGUGCGAUGAUGGGGAAACAGCCUCUCUGAGUAGGAGAGGCAAAGCUGUUCUGUGGUUCUAGUUUCAUGGAGAGAUCAGCUCUUCGAGAUGAAUGACGCCGCGUACGAGAGCUGCUGAAUUCGAAGGGUUUUUGUACCUGUGGACUCUAAAAUAAUGAAGGGAAGAGUUCCUGGACAUGAGCAUCCUGGAUAUGAGGUUUACUCCAGCUUUGGUCAUACUCUGCUGACCUUGUGAACUCUGGUAUCCUGUUUCUGGUGGAGACGCUGGUUCUUUUAACCUUAAAUGAAUUGACUGCUUUCCUGCUGGAGUUCAUGAGCUUAUUUAAAUUCCCCAGUGUGUCUGAGACGCCAUCGCAGCCUUAACUUUCAUUUAGUGGUGUCCUGAUGGGGGAAUUCUUAGGCAAUUUUAAAUUAUUUUGCUGAUUCAGAAACAUUAUUUUAGUUUUAGUUUAUAGUGUUUUGUUUUUUGUAGCAGGAAAAUAAGUUUCCUUUAAAAAAAA